AUGGGGGAGCAGGGUGCCUUGCCAUUGGUGCCGAUAGAAUCGGUGGGUGGCAAUUCACAGUCCUCAAGGCUCCGGGACUACUCGGAUGACACCGUGCGAACAAGUGGUGGAUUUUGGUUCACGCAAAAAAACAAAAACGCGCUCGUGGACCAUUUGUUCAAUUUAUUGGUCGAAACGAAGCCCAAAUCCCCUCCCCUAACAAAUUAUAUCAACGGCGAGAAAGCACAACAAAAGUUUUCCAGCGACUCAGACUUCCAUUUCAGCGAGAAGUAUCUGAUGGGGCUUUUGGACAUCAAGGAAACAACAUUGCUGGAUCUGAAAACGCAACAUCAGCAAUUCGUCGAUAAAAUACGCGAUCUGCAGAUGAGCAUUUUUGGGGACCCGCAGAAACAAAUAUACGGAGAUGGGAUUGUAAUGGUCGGAGGAGGACGCUUUUCUUGGUUGGCGUUGCUGAAUAUCAACCAAUUGAGAUCCACAGGGUGCCAAUUACCCGUGGAGGUGUUCAUCGCGUCGGAGCAAGAGUAUGAGCGAGACUUCUGUGACCGACUGCUACCUGCUCUCAAUGCUAAAUGCGUACUUGGCUUCAAAGAGCUCCCCAUGCACAAAUACAGGAAAAAGCUACAAAUCGACGGGUAUCAGUACAAGAUUUUGGCAAUUUUUGCUUCCAGUUUCAAAAGGGUUCUCCUGCUGGACGCAGACAACGUGGUAAUCCACAAUCCGGACAUUUUGUUUGACUGGCCUGUGUUUGAAGAAUAUGGGUUGGUCUUAUGGCCCGACUGCUGGUCCAGAACCACGCAUCCAUAUUUUUACAGAAUAGCUGAUAUACCGGUUGGUGAUCACCCUGUGCGCGGCCAAUUUAUGGAUAGAGAGUCUCCAGACGAGUGGAAUUACCAUGAUUUGCCUGGAACCUUGCCCAACCCGGCCAGCGAGUCUGGCAUGUUGCUGGUGAACAAGGAGACGCAGGUCGAAACUCUUUUAUUGUCAUUAUACUACAAUAUGUUUGGGCCUUCGCACUACUACCCGCUUUUGACCCAGGGAGGAGCAGGAGAAGGAGAUAAAGACACUUUUAUUGCUGCUGCAUACGCGCUUCGAAAGCCGGUCUAUCAGGUCAAGCAGAGCAUGAAGUUCUUAGGGUAUCACGACACCUAUGGCUACCAUGCAAAGGCUCUAGGACAAUGGGAUCCUACCACUCACACAGAGGAAAAAAUGCCGCCGUACCUGUCUAAUUUCUACGACUUCCAAGACGGAGACGAUGCCAGGUUGAUGUUUAUGCACUUGUCUUAUCCGAAAUUGUACCCUGAUAAACUGAGGGACGAGAUUUCGUGGGAACAGAACGGGGAGCUGAAACACCGCAAGCUGUAUCCAGGAAAAUUACCAAAUUCGGCGUAUGGUUUUGACCUGCGGAUGUGGGAGCUUAUAACGCAGCUGAUUUGUCCGCAAUGGACGCCGAACGAAACAAAAGAUGCCGCCUCUGUGGAGAUCCAAGACAAGUUGACGGGACUUGGCUUGCAGUACAUCAAAAAUUCCAAGGCGAAUGCCGAGUGCCAAGGUCUAUUCUUGCCUCACCUCGAGUAUUUACGGACGCACACCUCGACAGAGGAGGAAUUCUAUAACUAUGAAUAG